AUGAGCCUCGCGACCACCUUCGCGCACCCCUCGCCUUCCGCCGACCCCCUUCGUAUCCUCCCACCGAACUGGUCGUUCACCAUCUCCUCCAUCCGCGGCCCAGGCUGUCCAGACUCCGGCAAAAACGGCACAGUCUCGCGCACCACGCGCCCAACCUUUGGCUCCAACACUGUCGAUGGCAGCGAGAUCUACUACUGGUACAUCGCCUACCCAUGGAUGCGUGUCGAUCUCGAGGCCGGCCCCCGCCAUACAUGGUGUGAGACGACGCUGGCAUACAAGGAGUACAAGGAUUUCGAUAAGGCUGCUGAGGCAGAAGACUAUAAGCUGAGGCUGCACAAGAACGGUACAAAGGGCAUCAUGACGUACCAGCUUGACGAGGGAGUGCAAGUCUACUGGGACUUUGCUUACUAUGUCGCCGAUACCAUUGACCUGAUUGGUCCUGCUUCAUCUGGCCCGUAUGCUCAAGAACACUACUCCAACAUCAGUUACCCACCUGAGCUUAUUCCUCAGCCUAAUUGCGGAAGUGGUACGUUCACUUUCCGCACGGAGAUGUGGGUACAAGGCAAGGAAGGUCAGAAGGGUGUUGUAGACAGUGAGCAUUCCUACAGUGAGGCGCUUGGUGACCAGUACUAUGGCGCGCAGCAGGGGUUCAGUUAUGAUUGGGAGAAGUGCACAUAA